CCCGUCUCGUCUGCUCUCUUCCGGUUCCGGCGCCUCCCCUCCCACCCCUUCGGGUUGCAGCCAUGGCCGCCGCGUCGCCCCUGUCCCCCGAGGAGCUGCUGCUGCCCAAGGGCGGCUCUGGCAAGGCCGAGGAGCUGGAGGAGGAGCUGGAGGACGAGGACGAGCUGGAGGAGACCCUGAGCGAGCGGCUGUGGGGCUUAACCGAGAUGUUCCCGGAAGGCGUGCGCGCCGCGGCGGGAGCUACCUUCGAUUUGUCUCUCUCUGUGGCGCAGAGAAUGUACCGAUUCUCCAGGGCAGCUCUGUGGAUUGGGACUACCUCUUUUAUGAUCCUGGUUCUUCCAGUUGUAUUUGAAACUGAGAAACUGCAGAUGGAGCAGCAGCAGCAGCUGCAGCAGCGACAGAUUCUCUUAGGACCCACUACAGGGCUGUCUGGCAGUAUGCCAGGGGCCUUGCCGCCACUUUCUGGAAAGAUCUAACUUAGGAAAGUUGCUUCAGAUCCAUAUCACAGGGGGAGACUUCAAAAUUGAUUCAUUUGAACUGUUGAUUUUUCAGGCUGGGUAUUUUUUUUUAAACUUGGGACAUUGACCUAUCCAUAAAGAGGCAAAAUUCGUUCUCCUGGACCUUUUUUUGAUGGGCUUCUCCAGAUAUCACAAGUUUUUCCUUUUAUCCAAUCAGUCCAUACAGUGAGCAGUUACAAAGACUUUAACUUGAGGAGCUUCUGCUAUGGGCCUCUUACUCCAGGGAAACCACCUCAGAGCACAAGUUAGGCUCUGGCCAGUUUGUUCAGUAAAUUCUGCAAACAAAAGAAAAUCCUUUGUUUUUCCUGCCUAAAUCAAGGCCCGAAGAGACCAGUGAUAGGAAGGAGUGAAUUUGCCAACAGACAGAGCAGACCAUAAAAGGUAGAAAAUUUCAUCUGAGCCCUGUGGGGAAAACUUAUUUUCAGAUAUUUCCAUGCUAUUUCUUUUGGAGGAGGAGCACGUUUUGUUAAAGACAAUUACGUCUGUGCCGAUUUGGUUUGCAUCAUAAAAUUACUACACUUUGGAAAUCGGCUGCAUACUUUUUUUUUGUAUCAAGUAUUAAAUAAAUUCAACCCAAA